CAAGGAAAUGGUGGGGGAAUAAAACGACCAGAUUAUUUAAUUAAUGCAUGUAAUAAUUAAUUUUUUAUUUUAUUGUAAAUUAAGAAAUAUUUAUGGGUUAAAAUGGAUUACGACUUCAAAACAAAGCUUGCGGCUGAACGAGAGAAGGUAGAAGAUCUGUUCGAAUAUGAAGGUUGCAAAGUGGGUCGAGGCACCUACGGGCACGUUUAUAAAGCUAAGCGAAAAGACGGGAUAGAUGAGAAGGAGUAUGCACUGAAACAAAUUGAAGGCACUGGAAUAUCGAUGUCUGCUUGCAGGGAAAUCGCUCUGUUAAGAGAAUUAAAACACCCCAACGUGAUUGCCCUGCAGAAAGUGUUCCUGUCUCACAGUGACAGAAAGGUGUGGCUUCUGUUCGAUUAUGCCGAGCACGACCUCUGGCACAUCAUCAAGUUCCAUCGUGCCUCCAAGGCCAAUAAGAAGCCUAUGCAGCUGCCGAGAGGAAUGGUGAAGUCUCUCCUGUAUCAGAUUCUGGACGGGAUUCAUUACCUCCAUGCUAACUGGGUGCUGCACAGGGAUCUGAAACCGGCUAACAUUCUGGUGAUGGGGGAGGGCCCGGAACGAGGACGAGUAAAAAUCGCUGACAUGGGCUUCGCCAGACUCUUCAACUCUCCACUCAAACCCUUGGCUGACCUUGACCCCGUGGUGGUGACAUUCUGGUAUAGGGCCCCUGAGCUUCUGCUUGGAGCCCGACAUUACACCAAAGCAAUCGACAUUUGGGCGAUUGGCUGCAUCUUUGCCGAGCUGCUGACGUCGGAGCCCAUCUUUCACUGCCGCCAGGAAGACAUUAAGACCAGUAACCCCUUCCACCAUGACCAACUGGACCGAAUAUUCAGUGUCAUGGGCUUCCCGGCAGAUAAGGAUUGGGAAGACAUCCGGAAGAUGCCGGAAUACCCAACCCUUCAGAAAGACUUCAGGAGAACAACGUAUGCAAAUAGCAGUCUAAUCAAAUACAUGGAGAAGCAUAAAGUCAAACCUGACAGCAAGGUUUUUUUGUUGCUGCAGAAGCUCCUUACAAUGGACCCCACCAAAAGGAUUACUUCUGAACAGGCCCUGCAGGACCCGUAUUUCCUUGAGGACCCCUUACCGACCUCUGACGUAUUUGCCGGAUGUCAGAUACCUUAUCCUAAACGAGAGUUUCUUAAUGAAGAUGAACCAGAAGAGAAAACAGAGAAGAACCAGACCCAACAGCACCAGCAGACGGCAGCCCAGACACAGGCCCAACAGCAAAACCAGCUGGCUCCCACCCAGCAGAGCUCUGCCCAGACCAAUGGCACCACGGGGACGGCCGGGACCAACGCCGGUGGGGGCCUCCAGCACGGGCAGGAGCAGGGGCCUCCCAAUAAGAAACCCCGCAUUGGGCCUUCUGGGACCUCCUCAGGCACUGGAGUCCACCAGUCAGAGUACCAGCACUCCAGCUCCCGCCUUGGUUACCAGAGCAACGUUCAAGGCUCCAGUCAGACCCAGGGAUACUCUUCAUCAUCGCAGCAGAGCUCACAGUACCCCCACCAGUCCCACCGCUACUGAGUCUGCUGGAGCUGUUCUUCAAACCAACAGCAGGGCCUCCUAAAACAACCCUCGACCUCAAACCCACCUGUCAUUUUAAUCUGCCCGAGGUAUUACUGUCCCCACGUCCCGAUCGCACCUUGUCAUGUGUCAGAUUUCAGCAACAAAACAGUCACGAGCUCCUUCCCUUUCGUGUCAGCCCUACUACAGAUUCCACUGACCUCAAGUCCACCCAGUGCCCUUUGACCUUGGGGCACUGCAAUAUGAAGGCAAACUCACCAUAGGAACCAAAAACAAACCUUGUUUUAGGACAGCCUUUUUUUAUUAUCAUCAGUUGACAAAAUCGGUUGAUGGCAGAUAAUAGGAAACGUGUUGGGUGCAAAAAAUGAAAACAACACAAGGACUAUGAACCAUGGAAUUGGCAAAAACGUGUUCUUCAAUAGGAAGGAUUGCAGCUCCGUUCAUAUAUAAAAUUAUAUAUAUAUACAUAUUAUAUAUCACCUUUUUCUAUUGGUUUAACAAGAGACGUUGUUUUGCUUGUUUGCUCUGUAGAGUCUUAAAGUUUGAUUAAUGUUUUUUGUAAAUAUGGUUCAAUAAUGAAAAAGAUUGGAUGAAACAUGGGACAAUAGCCUUUACUGUCAUCCUUUAUUUUCUUUACUGUACAUUUAUAUACCAUGCAUAUGUGUUAUGUCCAGAUCACAAUCAAAGCAAACAGAAGACUGAGCCAACCCUAACUUUCUGAGAUAACAGUAUCUAUUCCCCCCUUGGCUUGGAAUCCCAUUUCUACAGAAGAGUCAGUUCUCUAGCUGAUGUGAUUGCAGGGAUCUGUGAAGUACACAAUUUAUCUUAAUCUUGUUAUAAUAUUUCUUGUUUUCCACUUUCAGUCUUCUCGUUUGUGUAGAUUUGUGGUCUGAAAAUCUGCAUUAAUGGGAAAUAUUUAUCAACAUUUUUCACUUUCCUCAUUCUACCGUGUAAGUUUUAAUUGUCUCAGGCAACAUUGGGCAUCCCCAUGUUGCCUGACCCGUCACAGCCACCAAGGUCACUGAAAGGUCACUGAAAGGUCACUGAAUGUAUGCAUUCUCAUUAAACAGGGCUAUCCUGAGACUGUUACUGACAGUGUUUCUUUCAGGUUGACCUAGAUUUAAAUGUCUCACGAUUGCCCUUUACAUUGUCAGUUUGUAACUUCCCUACAUAGUCAAGGGUCUGCACUGCUGAACGGAUCUGCAAAGAGCUGGAACAAAUACGGAGGAAAUUAUUUUACUCCAGUUUAUUCAAUCCACACUCCUGGUUAUGCACUGAGUAUUAAUCCAGGUAGAGAAGUAGUUUCUAUAUUAUUUAUCGUAAAAAAACAACAACAAGUUGAAUGGAACUGCACUGUGUUUCCAGACAGAGCUAGACGAGAGACGAGGCAUCCAUUAGCUUGUUCUAUGAUUAGUGGAAGGGUGUGGAAACAGAGACAUCUAGUGGCCAUUCACAGAAGUGGGCAGCGAUGGGAUUUAGUCUCAAGUAUUAAGGCGAUCUUUAUCUCUACCUUGCUUUGAGAUUUUCUUUUUUAAACAGAGUUUUCUGAUGUUCAAAAAUUACCAGCCAACUGGCAUUCGUUGAAGAUGAUCAAUAGCUGUGGAGCGGAUGGAGAGGGACUCUUAUUCUGUUUUCUACAGUAAGAGGACAUCUACAGCUACUAUUGUGUUUCAUAACUUAUAGACUGCCCUCUGUGUGGCUGUUUUCUUCUGACAGUGUUCCUUCAGUGAUUCACUGGUCUGUCAUAUCUGAUUCAUUCAAACAGGUGGAUUCAGACUGGCCAUCCUAUUGAAACACCUGCUGUUGUUCUCUGUCUGUCGGUCCCCUCAGAUGUCUUUGGAUAUUCAGUUCAGUUCAGGUUACUGAAAUUUAGACACAGUGGUGCGUUCAGUGUGUGGAAUGCCGACAUGUCAGAUGAGCUAAAGGCACGUUUCCCUGCUUGUUCCAGAUCAGCUCCUUACGGUCGGCCAGAAUGUUUUGCUUUUUGGGCCUGGCUCUCUGUCUGAUGUUGAUACAAUGUCCCUGUGUUGGUCGGGUGGUCACUCGCUCUCAGCUCCUUUCUCUCUGCUCUGGCCAACAGGCCCAGUGGAUUAACAAACCCGCCUUCUAGAACAGUGCUGUUUUCUCGGGAACAAAACCAGCAGCUAUUUAACGUUUUCUUCUCACGUUUUUUUUCCUAAUGGCGCAUAUUUGAAGAACAGUAGAAGGGGAUUGAGGUCACAAUACAUACUGUUCCUCAAUUUAUCUCUACGUAAACGAGGU